UCAUGCAUUUGAAUAAGAACAAGACAAAUCAUGAUGAGUCCAUUUUUUAUUUACCCUGACGUAAUCAUUUUUCUUUAUGAGAAAACAAACUGAGAAGAAAGAAAGGGACAAAACUACCUCCGGCGGCACCAAUGAAAUUCCUUCCAACGGAAUCUUUUCCUUUCCUUUCUCUUCAUCUUCUUUAUCCGAUUCCACUUCCCAAAUCCACAGCGCAUAAUGAAGAAUCCAUUUCCCGCUAUUUUUCUCAUCCUCAUCCUCUCCUUCGCUUCAUCCACCGCCGCCGAUUCCAUUUCCCGCCUUAUUCAAAUCCAGGACCGCGAGAGAGCUUCUCCUUCCGUCCAGGAAGCCGCCGCGCGCGCCGUCCUCCGCCGCCUGCUGCCGUCUCACUCCUCCAGCUUCCACUUCCGGAUCGUCUCCAAGAAGCAAUGCGGUGGCGAAUACUGCUUCAUGAUCAAAAACCAUCCUUCUUUCACGACACCGGGGGAUCCUCAAAUACUGAUUGAAGGCACAACCGGAGUGGACAUUGUGGCUGGUCUACACUGGUAUUUGAAGCAUUGGUGCGGUUCACACAUAUCAUGGGACAAAACCGGUGGCUCGCAACUAUUCUCCGUGCCCAAUGCGGGGUUUCUCCCGCGCGUUCACCACGCUGGGGUUUCUGUUCAGAGGACUGUUCCAUGGAGCUAUUACCAAAACGCUGUUACGUCCAGCUAUUCCUUCGCUUGGUGGGACUGGCAAAGAUGGGAAAGGGAAAUUGACUGGAUGGCUCUGCAGGGUGUAAACUUGCCACUUGCAUUUACGGGGCAAGAGGCUAUUUGGCAGAAAGUGUUCCAGGAGAAAUUUAACAUGAGCAUUUCUGAUUUGGAUGACUUCUUUGGAGGCCCCGCAUUUCUUGCAUGGUCACGCAUGGGGAAUUUACAUGGAUGGGGUGGACCACUGCCACAAAGCUGGUUUGAUCAACAGUUAAUCUUACAGAAGAAAAUUCUUAACAGAAUGUAUGAGCUUGGAAUGACACCAGUCUUGCCAGCUUUUUCUGGAAAUGUACCUGCUGCGCUGAAAUAUAUAUUUCCAUCAGCAAAAAUAACACGCUUGGGAAAUUGGUUUUCUGUCAAGAAUGACCUCAAAUGGUGCUGCACCUAUCUUCUUGAUGCAACUGAUUCUUUGUUCAUCGAGAUUGGGAAAGCAUUCAUUGAGAAACAACUGCAAGAGUAUGGAAGAACCAGCCACAUUUACAACUGUGAUACUUUUGAUGAGAACACCCCGCCCAUUGAUGAUCCUGAGUACAUUUCAUCAUUAGGUGCAGCAACUUUUAAAGGAAUGCAGAGUGGUGAUGAUGAUGCUGUGUGGCUGAUGCAGGGAUGGCUAUUUUCAUAUGACCCAUUCUGGAGACCUCCUCAAAUGAAGGCCCUUUUACAUUCUGUUCCUGUUGGAAAGCUGGUGGUUCUUGACCUGUUUGCUGAAGUAAAACCCAUUUGGGUUACCUCAGAACAGUUUUAUGGAGUUCCCUACAUCUGGUGUAUGCUGCACAAUUUUGCAGGAAACAUCGAGAUGUAUGGGAUAUUAGAUGCCAUUGCAUCUGGGCCAAUUGAUGCACGCAAUAGUAUUAACUCAACAAUGGUUGGAGUUGGAAUGUCUAUGGAAGGUAUAGAACAGAAUCCCAUUGUCUAUGAUUUGAUGUCUGAAAUGGCAUUUCAAGACAAGAAAAUUGAUGUUAAGGCAUGGGUUGAUGUGUAUUCAACUAGACGAUAUGGACAGCCACUUCCUUUAAUACAAGAGGGAUGGAAUGUCUUGUAUCACACCAUUUACAAUUGCACUGAUGGAGCCUAUGACAAGAACAGAGAUGUCAUCGUAGCAUUCCCAGAUGUUGACCCUUCCUUAAUUUCAUUACAGCAUGAGCGAUCUCGCCAAUAUGACAAGCCUAAAUCACGAACAAUUAUCAAGGAAAUAACUGAUCAAUUUGAGACACCACAUUUGUGGUAUUCAACUUCCAAAGUAAUUUACGCAUUGAAGCUAUUUAUAACAAGUGGAGAUGAACUUUCAAGAUGUAAUACUUAUAGGUAUGACCUGGUUGAUCUGACUAGACAAGUCUUGGCAAAAUACGCAAAUGAAUUGUUCUUUAAGGUUGUAGAGGCAUACCAAUCACAUGAUGUCCAUGGAAUGACCCUCCUCAGCCAGAGAUUUCUGGACCUAGUGGAAGAUUUGGACACUCUGUUGGCUUGCCAUGAUGGGUUUCUUCUAGGACCUUGGUUAGAAAGUGCAAAGCAACUAGCUCAAAAUGAAGAACAAGAGAGACAGUUUGAGUGGAAUGCUAGAACACAAAUCACCAUGUGGUUUGACAACUCAGUAGAGGAAGCCAGUCUGCUUCGUGACUAUGGAAACAAGUACUGGAGCGGGCUUCUACAUGAUUACUAUGGUCCCAGAGCUGCCAUUUAUUUUAAAUAUUUAAGAGAAAGCUUGGAGCAAGGUGAAGAUUUCAAGCUAUUGGAAUGGAGGAGGGAGUGGAUUAAGCUUACUAAUGGAUGGCAAAGCCGUAGGAAUAUUUUUCCAGUGGAAAGUAGGGGAGAUGCUCUGAAUACUUCUCGGUGGCUCUUUAACAAAUACCUGGACCCGAGCAAUCCUGAAACAAAGCUUAUACUGGAAUACUGAACUACAAAAAUAAAUGAAAUUUGAAUAAAACAUACUUAUAUGAAUAUGAAACCAGACUAUUUCAUUAAUCUGGUUCACCUCUCAGCAGAUUUUCAGUUUCCAUAUUCCGGUGCCAAUUUUCUUUUUCGUAAUCACCUUGACGAUUUGGAAAGGAAACGAUAGAUUUCCAUUCGUGUAAAUUGCAAAAUGUAAAGUUGGCAAAUGUGCCAGGUAUUUUCUAGUAUGUUCACCCGAGAAAAAUCAAUGUAUUACAAGUAUUGAAGACA